AUGAUGUUUUUCAACGCUUUAACUGUAGCUGCCAUCGCUUUGGCCUCGAUUAUACCCUCUCUGGUCGAAGCCUCGCCCAUUCCGGUUCCUGAGGCCGUCGAACCUUACAUACCUGUCAGCAAGCGCGUCUAUACAGCCGCAGAGAUUGAUCAUCAUGAGAAAAUCUUGAAGCGUUCCUCUGCCGGGUUUAAUGAUUGGUCUUGCAAGCCUUCAGCUGCGCACCCACGUCCCAUUGUCUUGGUCCAUGGUUUGAUCGGAAAUGGAUGGGACAAUUGGUUGUACAUGGCCCCUCGAUUUGUUGCCAGUGGUUACUGUGUGUUCAGCGUGACCUAUGGAGAAUUACCGGGUAUCCCCAUCCUUGCUGGCCUUGACAAGAUUGAGAACAGUGCGGUGCAAAUCAAUGCUUUUGUGGACAAGGUUAUUGCUGCGACCAAUUCCUCCAAGGUGAACCUUUUGGGUCAUAGCCAGGGCAGUUUGGCUCCUAGAUAUGCGCUGAAGCAUCUCGGACUCGGUCCAAAAGUUGAAAAGUAUGCCGCCUUCGGUACAAUCGCUUAUGGAACAACACUCCUUGGCAUUGCCCCCUUCUUGACAUCGCUUGGUCUGUAUGAUCCAAUCAAGGCUGUCAUCGACCCUGUCUGCAAAUCCUGUUUCCAGUUCCUCCAAGGCUCACAGUUCCUCAAGGACCUCAAUGAGGGUGGUGACACAGUGCCGGGUGUGCAAUACAAGUUCAUUGUUUCCAAGUAUGAUCAGGUGGUGACCCCCUAUACCAACGGUAUCCUCAGAGACAAGAAUCCUCUGGUCCAAAACGUUGUUCUUCAGGAUCUUUGUUCCGUCGACUUUUCAGAACAUGUCGCUCAAAUGCUCGAUCCCAUCGUAUUCCAUUCCGUGAACGCCUUUUUCGAUUCUCGUGCGAAUCAAAAUGUUAACUGCUUGUCGGCUUUCGAAUAAACCGAUUAUAACACUCUCCC